AUGCCCUCCGAGCUGUUUCGUUUCGUCGCAGCAAUCUGGCUGCUUGAGAGCUUCUGCAUUACUGGCAUCCAAGCAGCAGCUUUCACCGACUGCUCUCCAACCAACAGCCAUGUUAAUUUCUCCAGCUCGGACGCCGGCUUGACGAUUGCCCAGGGAAGCAGUCUGACGCUCAGCAACUGCGUGUUUUACAACAGCCCUCUGAUCCUCGUGCUGGGCCAGCUGAAUCUCUGGAAUGUAACCUUUGUGAGCCAGCCACUGACCGUCAAUCCGAACACUCCCGCGGUCACCCCAGUGUCUAUCACUCGGGACGUCUACGGUGCCCAGUUGAUAAGAAUUACCGGUGGAACGGUGAAUGCCAAUACUCUGAUCCUUGAUGGUGCCUUCUCCACCAACUACACGCUUCUCAAAGUCGAGUCCAGCGGUACGCUCAACAUUACCAACCUGAGUUUCCAGAUAUCCAACCCGGUUCCGACUCGACUGGAUGCACGGCUCUACGGAUCGCUGGUCGUUGCCAUCCAAAGCUCGCAUGUCAGCAUCACCAACGCUGUCGUUAGCGGCGAAGUGACUGCCGCGCUGAGCGGCGGCAUCAUCAGCCUCGACACCAGCGCCUCGAUCGCCGUGACAAAUGCCACUUUCAGCUCCAUCAUAACCAAAAACAACGGCGGCGUCUUCUUUGCUACGGGCUCGGCUUCGGCGACCCUCACAAACACUAGUUUUCGAAACAUUAGCGCUGGGCAAUGGGGCGGAGGCAUCUGCGCCUCGUCUCGAACGUCGUGGGUCCUCAACAACGUCGCCUUCUCCGACAUGAGCGCCGGAACGCACGGAGGCAGCAUGUUCUUUGUGAAUGCGGCGCAGGCUCAAUGGAACGGCGGCUCGUGCAUCCGAUCGUCAUCAGGCAAUCAGGGAGGCUGUGGGUACUUUGAGAACCUUGUCAGUCAAACCUCGGCCCUCAGCACCUUUAACGGAGUCACGAUCGACACGGUGUCAUCCCCAAACGGCGGGGCAUUCUCGCUCAACGGCUACAUCACCAUGCAGCUCACAAGUGUUACUCUGAACAAUGCCUUUGCGGCGACCCAAGGAGGCGCAUUUUAUGAGUGGGGACCUGGUCCUGUCAUCCAAGUGAACAACUCGGUGAUCCAGAACAUCCUCACGGCAGGGUUCGGAGGCUUGGCUGUCUCGGAGCACGCCUCGGCCCUCUAUCUCACAAAUGUUAUCGCCAGAAACAUCUCGUCGGUGGCCGAGGGUGGUCUGGUGAAGAUGAUCGACUCAUCCAUCGGCGUGUCCGGCAUGGUUGGCGACCAGAUCUAUGCCGGGACCUACGGAGGCAUCUUUGAGCUCGACCGCACUGACCCCAGUGCCGUCUACAACACUCAGCUUACCCUGACGAGCUCGGUCUUCACGAACGCAGGCGCACGCCAGGGCAACGGAGGUGCCAUCUUUCUCUCGGUCGGGACGGCUGCGACAGUUGAGAACUGUUCGUUUACCGGAACGCAGGCCACCCAAGGCGGGUUUGCAUAUGUGUCUGCCCAGACAUCGUCGCAGUACACCCCGGCGAGCCUGGCGAUGCUCAACAGCAAUUCUAUUUCCAACAGUGUGUCGACGAGCACCGGCGGAGUCUUUUGGGUUGCAGGCCCAUCGAGUCUGUCCUUUACGAGCCAGUCACAGCCGCUGAUCGUUUCCCACUCAGGGACUCCCAGUGCCUGUGGCGGAUUUCUGUAUACCAGCACGAAUCCCACCAUCACUUUUGGCCAGAACAUCGUCAUGACCCAGAUGUCGGCCAUGCAAGGCUCGUCGCUGUGCUUCUCGGACUACACCAGCGUCGUGCUCGUCCCAAAUUCGGCUACAUUGAGCAUGGUGCCAAGCGGCGAUAUGUACAUCUCAAACACAACCUGCGCGAACCAACUAUCGUCGAUGCAGGGCUGGAGCGCAUUUCUGGGCAGCUCGGUGGAGCCGCGAGGUCCUCCAGUGACCUUGAGGCUGCUGAGCGGUGCAGGUUGCUGGCAGCCUCCACCCGGAGGAAUGCAAAUCAACCAAAACAUCGGGCCGAUCCAGGUGCAGGCGGUCGAUGCCUUUGGCAAUCCAACAGAUGUGAAUCUGCAAUCGCCCGUCGUCGUCACGAUCCAGGAAGUCAAGAUGAACGUCUCGAUCAACGGCGAGUCCAUCAAGGGCAUCUUUAACGAAACCUCCAAGGCAGUGGCGUUCUCAUCCAUCACAGUCAACGGACUCAUGGGCAACUACACGCUGCGAGUCUCUGCGCUCUCGGGCCUUGCUCCCACGAACACUGCUGCUGCCUGGCCGACGAUCGAUUUUGAGAUUCUCCCCUGCAGCGUCAAGGGGAUGAUGUGGAGCUCGGCCAGCAAUGCGUGCUUGCCGACUGUGGCGACAGCCCCAGCCCUCAAGAUCAUCAUGGCGGUGCUCGGAGCCAUCCUGCUGCUAUGUGCCGUGGCCAGCGCCGUCCUGGUGCUUUGGUUCAGGGACAUGGCUCUCAUCCGGAACUCCUCGAGCGUUUUUAUGUGUCUGAUUGCAAUCGGCACGGCAAUGGGAUUCACUGCAGUACUGGUCAAGUCGUUCACGUUCCCGCUGUCGUGUGUCAUUUCGGAGUGGUUCGAAGUCAUUGGCUUCUCCGCUGUGCUCGUCGCUUUGAUUGUCAGAACCUAUCGAAUCCACGCCAUCUUUUCGGCAACCAAAACUUUGAAGCUGGUGACCAUCAAGGACAGCGAGCUCGGAAUCUACUUUAUCGGGUGGAUGCUCGUCGUUGUGAUUUUCCUCAGUGUCUGGACGGCCAUCGACCCACCGGAAUACACGGUGCUUCAGACGGUUGGAUUCUUUGUUGUCGACCACUGCGACUCGACGUCGACGCUGUCGCAGGUCAAGUUUGUGCUCCAUCUGCUGUGUGAGGUGGUGGCUGUGGGAUUGGCAUACAUGAUCCGCAACGUUCACACGGCCUUCAACGAGUCCAAGCUCAUGGCAUUCGCAUGCUACAACUGGGUUGUAUUUGGGGCGCUGCUGAUGUGUCUCGGGUCGCUGCUGACUGACCCCAACAUCAGCUUCGCGAUCGAGUGCAUUUCGAUCCUGGUUCCGCAUUUGAUCACGGACGGCAUCCUGAUCAUCCCGAAGCUGGCGGUGUGCGUGUUGCACCCGGACGUUGCCCGCGAGCCGCCCAAGAUCAAUCCGGACCUCGAAUCGGCGUCGCUCAACAGCAAGCUGCAGUCCACCAAGGUGAACCUCAAGUCGGGAGCAAUCUAGGGC